CACAGGAAUUCGAUCGAAGAGCUUAAUUAAUUAAUCAAUUAAUUGUUUCUACAUACAUACAUAUAUACUCCGGCCUUAUUCUAUAUCUCAAUGGGCGGAGAUGAUGAUUAUGCAGCGGUGAUGAGGAACAAGCAAGUGGUUCUGAAGACGUACGUGAAAGGAUUGCCGAGAGAGAGCGACAUGGAGGUGAGAAUGUCCAGUAUCGCCUCUGAAAUUCCUCAAGCUGCUGUUCUGGUGAAGAAUUUGUACUUGGCAUGUGACCCUUACCUCAUCCACCGAAUGUCCCAUGACGAUCACUCUGAUAACAUUGACUUGCUCCUUCCCUUUGAGCUGGGAUCUGUAAUCGAGGGAUUUGGCGUAUGCAAAGUCCUUAAAUCAAGCGACCCAGCUUUCAAGGCGGGAGACCAUGUUUGGGGCGUUACUGGUUGGGAAGAAUACAGCUUGAUUAAAAAUCCUAGCAUUUUGUUCAAGAUCCAACCAAAUGUACAUGAUGAUGGUGAUGUGCCAUUAUCCUACUAUACUGGCAUUUUAGGGAUGGUUGGACUUACAGCUUAUGUUGGGAUGUUCAACGUAUGCCGCCCUAAAGAAGGGGAAGUUGUGUACGUUUCCACCGCCGCCGGAGGGACGGGUAUAAUCGCCGGACAAUUCGCAAAAAUGUUGGGUGCUCAUGUGGUCGGAAGUACUAGUACUGACGAAAAGGUCGACAUUCUAAUCAACAAACUGGGGUUUGACAAUGCUUUCAAUUACAAACAAGAGACUGAUUUGGGUGCCCCUUUAAAACGGUGCUGCCCCAAGGGCAUCGACGUAUACUUCGAUAACGUCGGUGGUCCGAUGUUGGAUGAGGUGAUCCGGCACAUGAAUCCUCAUGGUACAAUCGGCAUAUGUGGAAUGAUAUCUCAGUACUCUCUGAAAGAGCCUGAUGGUAUUCGCAACUUGUUUCAGAUCAUUACAAAAAGCUUGAGGGUGGAAGGGUUUAGAGAAAUUGAUAAUUGGCAUGUUGUCCCAAAGUACACAGAAUGGGUGAUUCAACAAUUGAGGGAGAAAAAAUUGGUAUACAUUGAAGACAUUUCUAUGGGGUUGGAUAGUGCACCAUCUGCUCUAGUUAGUAUCUUUAAUGGAAAGAACAUUGGGAAGAAGGUUAUCUCGCUUGCUGCUGAGUAAAACGUCGAUUGUUUCGAUAGUGACAGAUGGUUGUGAUUCCAAUGAUUUAUUUAUUUUGGAAUAUGUGUUCAACUUAUAACGUACUAUGUUUUCCACCAGACGUAAUAAUGCUUUUCCUAUUUUUAAUUUACUGUCAUGCUCGGUAGUAAGAAAUAAGAUAAAUAACUUCUCUAAGUUUUAUUAUCCUUUGCACAAUCAAUUUGAAGUUCUGUCUUUGUAUUAAGCAAUUUGAAGUUCUGUAUAUCGAAUCCAUAUACUGGUAGUAUUAUUAAGUGACUUGACAUGCGCAGUGAAACAUAAUUCUUG